AUUAAAGUUUUAACUGUAUAUUAGUUAUACUUAUUGCUAAUUUUAUAGUUUUUGAUAAAUGGUGUUGAUAAAUGUACACGUACCCGAGCACAAAACCAUCUUUGAAUUACGAACAAAACUUAUUAAAUUAUAAUCCGUACACUGUCCAAAUGUCAGAAACAUUUAAUAAUAUUAAAUCCUAGACAUCAAUUAUGAUUUUCGGUUAAAAAAAUUGUAGUAGAUAUUUUACGAAAAAAAAACACCACAAUCAUUCGAUCGAUUAUGUCGUUAUUUUUGACCUACAAACAUUUUAAAACAACAAAACAUGUAUGUGAUCGUUCUUAGUCAUGCAUUAGAAUUUAGAGUUGCGUAGUCUUGUGGCGUGUUUGUCUUUAUUUAAUAGCAAGACGACAAUGACGAUCUGUCCCAUGUGUUAAUUAUACAUUUAUAAAUGAUGAAUACAUAUUGAAUGAAGUACGAGCGUAAACGAAUCAGUUAGUCAUGCGUAGUAAUUUUGUAACACGACUAUUAAUUAUUGUGACGAAAUGUGAUAAAUAUUCGUAACUUAUAAUGAAAUGAGUAUCCGUGAUGACCAUGAGGAUGUCAACCGCAUACAGUUAGCGACCUGUAAAUAUGAUGGACAUCCGACAGAUUUUGAAAAUGUCGGUCCGACUGAUGUCGAAUUCCAGUCUGGCGGUAGAGAAGACUUAUGCGAAAACCCGUUGGUGGUCAGCUCGAAUACGCUGGAAACACAAGGCGAAUCGCCCAAGUGCAUGUACCAUUUACUGUCGCCGACGGUGCCGGCAAAGACACCUGUAGACCCGAGAUUUUCUUCGGAGAAACCUCCACGGGUACGAAUGAUAUUGCCCGAGCUUAAUAGAGUCCUAUGCAGCAACCGUGUAAGCCAAAUGACAAAAACCUAUAAUGAUAUCGAAGCAGUAACCCAACUAUUAGCCGAAAAAGAAAAAGAUUUGGAGCUAACGGCGCGCAUUGGCAAAGAACUUUUAACCGGCAACCAGACGCUCGAAGCCAGGGUGGGAUUGCUUGAGACAGAGUUGAAGACUGUCAAUGAGCGUUACACACAGGCUUCGUACGAGCUGCAAAAAAAAAACGACCUCAUCAAAAUACUCAGUAACGAUGCCGAUGAAACUGGCUACGAAGCGAAUGAUGAUGCAGUUGAAAACGAAAAAUAUUACGGCGUCAGUGUCGGUUAUUUGCAAACACGGCUCAAAAAUCUGGAGGACGAAAACCGUAGCUUGCGGGGUGAGGCAAACAGACUUGCAAUGGAAACCGACGAGGUAGAAGCCAAAGAAGCACAACUGAUGUCCGACUUUGCAUCUCAACUCAGUGUCACGAGGUCUGACCUGUCCGUCAUUAUGGAACAAGCAGACAAACACAGGGAAGAAAACGUAACACUGCACAACAACUGCGAGUUCCUACGCUCAAAAUUGUCCAGCAUUGAGGCGUCUUUAAAAAUUAAAAAUGAUGAGAACGAAGAACUUAUGGCCAUGUUGAUGUUGGCAAGGGACACGCAAAAUGAGUUGGCAUCUGAAAUUGUCGAAGUGAAAAAACAAUAUGAAGAAGCACUAACUAUGCUUCAUGAAUGUCAAACCGAACUUAAAGGAUAUAGGGAUAAACACAUACCGCUAGCUCGAGCUGGCCCUCUAUUCACGUCUCUUCCACCAUACUUGAACUCAAAUGGGCUUCACAGCCAUGGUCAUAGCUCUUUGGAGAGUUCAUUGUUUUCCGAACUCAGUCUGGAUUCAGGAAUAUGUACUGGACGAAUGUCUGGGGCAAGUAGUUAUAAGAAGUCUAUUGGAAUGAUGAAGUUGACGUCAGCUAUGGAAACAAGCACUAGAAAUUUGUCCCGGCAAACUGCGUACAACGAUCUAACUGAAGAAUCACCUACUCAUAGUGAUUGUGAUGAUUUCUCUGACACCGAUUCUUUUAUURUUGAACAACCUGGUAUACCUGGUGCCCCUGGAUCUGAGGAUUUAGCCAAUGCCUUGAAACGUCUAACACCAGCAUCAAUAAAAGCAAGACGCGCAGCGUUAGGAUCUGGUUUUAUGUUUGCUKAUCCUUAUGACUCAGCUGAUACUAGAACCCCUGACUCAAUUAUGUCUACUGGUAGCAUAAGUUUGACAACUUGGAAAACACCAAAUAAACUACAGUUGGUUAAGCCCAUGCAAGGUUCAUUUACGCUACAACAGUGGAAUGCUCAAUCUGUUCCAUCUCUCAGCUCUAUUCUGGAAGAACAACCUCAAGGCGUGAUCAAAAAGAGUGAUUCAACUGCUCCCAUAGCAGGGCUUCCUCAAACUUUUAGACUAGACGAAAUUGAAGAAGAUGAACCUAGAACACAUCCUGGAAAAAUGUUUCAAAUGUCCACUCACAUCACUACAUUAACCAAUUCCAGGGUAAUGCAUCCAGAUGAUGGUACAAGUGUUACAACCAGUGUUCGAGGUAGUGCCAUGUCAACUGCAGUAAAUAGCUGCGCCAAUAGUCGAGUACCCACCAGAGAGACUACACCUAUGUUAUCUAGGAGAAAUUCAACUACAACAUUUUCUACUAACUGUGGAUUAGCAGCCAUGUUAAAUGAAAGGGGUAUUAGAGCAAUUACACCUUCUGCCCUAGCAACACCUAUGUUUUCUGCAACAGCCACACCUUGUAACAGCCCAUAUGGAUCGCCUGGUGGGUCCCCCGAUCGUUCUCGUUCGCCUUCACCAUCAGAUUCUCCUUACUCACAUCCAUUUGGAUUACCUGGAUAUUUGAUGCACAGUGGUGCCAAAUUAUUGAGAAAGACUUUAACAGGYACUGAAAAAGGUACUGAACACCACAAGUCUCGCAAAUCAAAAUCACUCAUAAGGCCAGACAAAAAGACAUUGGCUGGUAUACGACUUGUAGAGACAAUGAAACACUAUAUACCAACUGUUCCACCAGAUAUGUCUAGUCAUCAUGUAUUCGAAAUAGGAGACUGUGUUCCCCCUAAGCCUGAAAAUGGUGCAUUGCAACGACGUCUAAAACAAUUAGAUAAUGGCAGUGAUAGUGGCGGCCCCAGACUUCGUAUGGACUUGGGUACCGUAGGUUCUUCAGCAAAUGACCCUCAGCCUUCACGAGGGACACUCAUCAGUUCUAUGUUUUUUGCUCGUAAAGGAGGGUUACUAUAAAAGAAUAUAUUUAAAACUAGUUUGCCUUAAAUGUACAAUGGUGCAAUGUUAAUAUAUAAUUUUAUUUUUAAUAAGUUAUUGCGGAAAUCAGAGGCAAUUGAAUGUAUUUGCUGGUAUGUUUAUCCUACUCAAUUGACUAUAUAUAAUAAUCAAACACUUUCAAAGGCUAUUUCGUUUUAAAAUCAUAAGUAUGAUUCCCUUAAAAACCCAUAAAUUUGUUAUAAAUUUCAACAAGUUAUUGCUUUAGUUAGUUCUUAAAAAUGUAUCAAUAACAACUUAAAUUUUUUUUCAAAUGAUAGACAAUUUUUUCUAUUGGGUAACUAACCAGUAAUUGCAAAAGUAUUUUGGUAUAUUAUUUAUUACAUAAAUAGUAACCAUUAAAAUGUUAUGUAUAUUAAUCAUUUAAUAGUCAUGCUUUACUCAUGCCUAUAAUAUGCAAAUAACAUAUUUUAGAUGCU